AUGGUGCCUUGCCCUGAACUGACGGAGUGCAGCUGUGAUGAGACUAGCAUUCACUGUCACAGUAGCGGUACAGUCAACACAAGACUCAACCAACAGUUUUUCGACGAAUUGUAUGCGUUUAUCGGACCGACCACAACACAUCUUACGGUCUCUGGUGGUAAUAUCACAAAGCUCAAGAGAAAUAUGUUUGGAAAAUGUAAGGGCGACCCAUCAAAACGUCUCCAUUUAACAGACGUCGUUUUGAGAAACAACAACAUUCGUACUAUCCACAGGAAAGCGUUUUACUGCAUCCCCUACCUUAAACACUUGGAUCUAUCGUUGAAUAGUUGGUCUAUGGAUGAAGGAAAUAUUUUUGCAGUCUUUUCGAAAAUCCCGAACCUUCAAAAGCUUAUAUUGACGAAUUCAAUAAAGAGGUCAGACUUUGGAUAUCUGUCUUCAGCUUUUCAUGAUACUCAUAUGGAAACAUUGACCGAGCUCUACCUCGGAGAAAACAAUAUUUGGACAUUUGCUUCAGAUAUGUCAUCAACUGUAUGCAAAGUUGCAACAAACUUGCAGAUUUUAGACUUGCACUCAAACAAUUUAGCCAAACUAGUGCUUGAUCCUUGCUUUAGCAACAUGUUAAACAUGCAGCUCCUUAACUUGAGUGACAACAGUUUUAAUCGUGUUACCUUAACGACGAUUCGAAUGUUUGAUCAACUUCAUGAAAGAAACGUUAAUUUCACAGUGGAUUUACGAGGGAAUCAAUGGGCUUGCGACUGUAAUAUUGUGGAUUUCAAAAACUGGCUAAUGAAGACCAAUGUCAAUGUCGUAGACAGGCAGAACAUGACAUGCCUCGAUGGUCAUCACUUUGGUAGAAACUUGUGGGAUAUAUCUCCGAAUGACUUGGUGUGUGUUGAUUCCACAGUACAGACCAAUACUGGGUUCAUCGUCAUAAGCAUACUCUUUGCUGUAAUCGGUAUUGUCGUUGUCGUCGUCUGCAACAUCACGGUUUUCAGAUAUCUAGGUAAACUCGGUAACACAAAACAAUCACAGUUUUCUCUUUUGUUUGAAACGAUGUCAGCAACAAUUGCGAUUGGUUUGGAUAAAGAUAAAGGACUGAAGUUUUCAACUCUAACCUGA